AUGAACACGUCAAGUGUUAUCUUCGAGAUCGCUGACACUAACACGGCCUCUGGAAAUCCCGGUCAGGCGGACGGACUCUUCCUCUCCGCCGACCGAAUCUUUCUGCCCGGACUACUUUCGGCGCACGUUCUUACCGUUUCCUGGCAGUUCUCGACCGGCACGAGUCUGGUCGACUGGAUUGGACUGUAUCACAUCGGUGAGAAAUUUAAUUAUUUUUGGAAAAGUUAUGUCAUAGACACAUUGUAAAGGUUCUAAUUAGCAUUAUGUUGUUAACCACUUUCAGAGGAAAACAACCCUUUGAACUACAUCGACUACAGAAGCUUCGGCAUCUGUGGCCAAGCCAAAAGUCAGAUUGAGUGGAAGAUCACGUGGGACCACAUGGACGAACAACAGGACAUUGCUAACGUUAAUUUUCGGUAAGAACAUGAUAACAUUAAAGCCACUUUUACUCUGUAAACAUUAAAACCCAACUUUCAUGGACAUUAAAUUUCAGCUACUUCUCUGGCGUGGCCGGCUCAGUCCGUGCUACAAGUGAGAACGUGCUUGUCUACAAAGACGCCCACGUUGUCAUCAAAGGCAUCGUAUGUGAGAAUCUGGACAUCAAAAACAAAGAGUUUUGUGUGAAAGUUGAGUACAGUGCUGGCUGUAGCUACACGACAAACGUCUCGACACAAACAAAAUGGAACAAUCUGGUAACCCAUCUCUCACAUUUAUUUACGCAUCUUACCAUGUCGCUAUGUCUGUUUACAUCAAAAAUAUUUUCAGGAUUUUCGAUUUCCUUCUGACCGGUCGAAAGAGCUUACGAUUACUUUGAAGGAGAAAAGGAAAUGCAGCUCCAAAGUGAUCGGUGAAGCCAAUAUCAGCAUUGCCAAUAUUGUUCACAGCAAUAACAGGUGAAUUUACAAUUAUAACUUUCCUAUCUAUGACAAUUUAUGCCAAAUUAUUAAAGUAAAAAAGUUUAAUAUCAAUUGCAGAUCAAUAUCAACAUCGCUCAGGCCUGCCAAUGGCUACAGUUUGUUAAACACUACAAUUAGAAUCUAUUGUGGCUUCGAGCCGGCUGAAAGAAAGUCAGUACAAGGUCAGUCUCCCCAUUUUAUGUCCCCGCCAUAAAAAUAAACCCAUGGAUAAACGCUUUAAGCUCGUCUUCUCACUUUCAGACACAAUGAGAAUGCUACAAGAACUCAAUUCGGAAGACCUGCAGGCAUCGUACCGCUCAGAAGGCUCUUCAACUUCGAACAACAACUACACAAAGUCAUUAAAGUCUACAACAACAUCAUCACAUUCCAAUAGAAACUCGUGGCAGAGUAAUUCCAGCGGUUUAAAUUUGCCAAAAGGUCAGUUUUGUCAAAGUUUUUAUUGCUAGUUUAACUCUUUCCACUACUAUACCUUGAAGAAAUAUUUAUUGUUUUAGGUUGGGAAGUUAGGGUAGAUCGCCACAGCAGGUUAAUAUACAUUGACCACAAUCAGAAGCGUACUACCUGGAAUCCUCCAGUAGUUUUAGAGCGAGAAAUAGAAGAAAAUGCCAAUAUACCCAUAAAAAGCAACCGGCGGACCGUGAUUAACACCCCCAAAAUGUCAAAGAAAGACCUGCCCAUAGCCGUGAAAUUCGUACAAGGCUACGAUUUUCUCACCACCUUGUACAAAAAACCUGUAAGAGAACACUAGCCGUAUAAUUAAUAUUACAAAUAUAUAGGUUAUAUAAUUUACAACUUGUUUUCAGGAAGCCCUUAAUGUAUAUAAUCAAAGUCCCUACCUUCGGUAUUUGAUACAGAAGUUGAGAAGAAACAAAGUUGAAUUCCGAGAAUUGGAGAACAACAAGGAACUGAUGGGGUUUCUGAAUAUGUUCGCAGAUUCAACCCAGCCUCUGCCAAAGGGAUGGGAGAUAGCAAUACGAAAAUACGAUUCCCAGAGGUUCUUUGUCGAUCACAACAACAAAACCAUCGGCUUAUUAGAUCCUCGACUGCCUAUGUCUAACCCCGAACAGAUUCAGAUUCGGAUACGUUCUCGCAGUGAACCACCUAAACAUCACAAUGCCGUGGUAAGUUUAAUGGUGAUGUAAAGCUGUUAAAAACAGAAAACAUGACAAAAAAUAAUUUUAGACGGAUGACAUUACUCUGAUGACAUUAGACAUCAAUCGGAAAAGCAAGGAACUGAAAACACUAGUAAAGGCCAUGAUGCCCGAAAUAUCAAAUAAGAUCUGUAAACAGCUGGACUACAUUAAGGUUAGGGGUGAUCUUGGACUAUUGCAGUAUGCAAAUGAUAUAGACUUCAUCAAGGCCUUAAGGUAAGUAAUAAAAACACAAUUAUAGGUAGUCUUUAGUCUGAUGGAGAACACAGAAACGAAUACAGCAAAAACAAAGUUCGAACUCAAAUCAGAAUACUUCUACCAAGCGUUGCAACGAUCCGGUUAUGCUCAAGGUCCAGGUAAAAUAAGGUUUAAACUACGGAGAAACAACUUACUCAACGAUGCUUACGAUAAAAUAUUGGCAGUAGAUGAGGUAUACUUACGGAAGUACAAAAUGGUAGUGUCAUUCGACGACGAAGAUGGGCACGUUUUACUAUAGUAAUAAACAGCCACACUGCAGUAAACCAUAAAAUAUCAUACGAUUUCAGAUUAGACUACGGUGGUCCAUCACGAGAGUUGUUCUUCCUGUUAUCGAAGGAAAUAUUCAACCCUUACUACGGACUAUUCGAAUACUCGGCUGUAGACUCUUACACGAUACAAAUCAGUCCAAUGUCAAAGCUGGUCGAUAAUUAUCAUCAGUGGAUGACGUUAGCUGGUCGAGUUAUUGGACUGGCCCUAAUACAUCACUGCAUGGUAGACACCUUCUUCACCACCGCAUUUUACAAAAUCAUAUUAGGAGAGUAAGUUUGAAUAUGCAAAACCAAGAUAAAUAUGUUGUUGAAUGAUAAUGGUUAACAAUUUCAGACCUUACACGUUGGAAGACCUUCGAGAUGCAGAUCGUGAAUUCUACCAGUCGUUAAAUUGGAUCAAGACCCACAAGAUCGACCCGGCCUUGGAAAUGACAUUUACAGCAACAAAGGAAGUAGCUGGACGGCUAGAAGAAGUCGAACUGAUAGCUGGUGGAAAAGACAUUCUAGUGACAGAUGGGAACAAGGACCAGUUCAUCUCGUUAAUGUUGAAGUGGAAGAUCGAGAAGAAUGUGGAAGACCAGCUGAAGGCGUUUCUAGGAGGAUUAUUUUCGGUAAGAAAGCAAAUCCAAAAAUAUCAAUACCUAAAAUACAAUAAUACCUAAAUAUUAAAGGUAGUCGAUCGUGAGUUCCUCAAAAUAUUCGAGUCUUCUGAACUACACCAUGUUUUGUCCGGAUCAGUAGAAAUCGAUUUGAAUGAUUGGAGAAAGAAUACUGAAUACAAAGGCGGCUUCAGCGAUACCCAUCCAGUGAUACGAUGGUUUUGGCAGUUUUUAUUCGAAUUGAACAACUCAGAACGAUUACAACUUUUACAGGUAGGAAUACUAGACAUCCCCCCAAUGGAACAUACCUUAUUAUAAUAGUAGUGCAUUUUGUUAUCUAAAAUAGAAUUUUAAAAUGCAUCUAACAAUUACAGUUUGUAACCGGAACAACCACGAUCCCACACGAAGGAUUCAAAGCGCUACGAGGUUCAGACGGCCUCAAAAAGUUCACGAUACACCGCUGGGGAGAUUCUAACAGCCUACCGCGUGCCCAUACGUGUUUCAACCGCCUCGACCUUCCAUGUUACCCAUCCUUUACCUUGCUGAAGGAGAAGAUACGAUUGGCUAUGACAGAAAGUGUGAGCUACGCGAUAGAGUAA